UUUCCUCCUCCUGCUGCUGCGGCUCCUGUUUACAGCGAAUUUUCUUUAUUUAUUCUUUAAUGUUCGGACAGUUUGAUGUGAGAGAAAUGAAGUGUGUUUAUGAGACGAGUUUAAGGUGGAAGUAAGGACAACACGAGAGAAGACAUGCUGGCUACACAGCCUGCCGAUUCUUUUCCAGAGGCGAACAACGCCAGACAGUGGAUCAAAGAGAAGCUAGCACAGACGCUGAAGACGCUACAGAAGCGCUACGUGGCCACGGACGCGGCGGUCACCAGCGAGGACUCGGAGGCUAACCAGUUAUGCAGCGCGCUGGAGGCGGUUUUCAUCCACGGCCUGCGCAGCAAACACGUCCGCUCGGACGCAGGGGGAGCGCGCAGCCGCCGAGGGGCGUCACUCCCUCAACCCGUCUUCUGGAACCUUCUCAAGACCGUCACUCACAGGGACGUGAUCCUGGAGCUGGAGGGUCUGAGCUUCGUCAGCUCGGACGUGGGCCGUUGCCGGGCGUGGGUGCGCCUGGCGCUGAACGACGGACUCCUGGAGUGCUACCUGACGUCCCUGCUGCGCGAGAACACGGAGCUGGGCGUGUACUAUCAGCCCGGCGCGCUCCUCCUGGACCCCGAGGAGCGUGAGGUGCUGCUCAGCCUGCUGCAGGGUCUGGCCUCGCUCGCCUUCCGCCUCUCGUAUAAGUCGGCCGUGCUGAACGAGUGGACCGCCACGCCCCUGGCGCUCGCCGGCCUCUGUCCGGCCCCGCCCGCCGACGACCUGCGCCUCACCCCCGCCGCCCCCCGCCGGGAAUCCUGGGAUACGGAGUCUCAGUCGUCGGAGUCGGUGAGCUCGGGGAGGGGAGCGGAGGGCGUGGCCACGGCGUCCGACUUCAGCCUGGACACGCCGGGAUCGUCGCAGCUCUCGUCCAGUCUGGGAUCAGAGAAGGGAAGCUGGAGCGGCCGCACGGAGAACAGGAGCCCGCUCGACCAAAUAAGUUGCUCCUCCAGUCAGGACCUGGAUCUCCUCAGCCCCGCUCCAGACGCCGUGAUGGACUCCCACACGGACCCCCCCGGAACUUCAUCCUCAGAGGAAGAACCGUCGAGAGAGGAACCACCCGAACCCGAGCUCGCUGUCCCAGACGCACCAGUGGAAGAUGAGCAGCUUCCUGAAGAUCCUCCUGUUAUUACCUGUAGAACCGUAACUCCUCCUGUAACCUCCCAGAUAACCGUAACCUCCGCCCCGGUGACCCCGCCGGACUCCGGCACCGGGCCGGCCGAGGGUUCGGCGCACGCUCCUGUGGGACGUACCUCCAGCGCUCUGAGCCGGACGCUCUCCUCAGGCUCCGUCUCCUCGUACCACAAGUUCACCGCCUGGAUAUCAGAAGAGGAUUUUUACAAGCCGGAGUCUCGUGGAGGCGACGGCGGCCCCGAAGAGCCCGAGACGUUCGACUCCUCCAGAACAAACGGCACCGCGUCUCCUGUUCCGGAAUCCCAGUCGCACCAGUCCCCGCCCAGCGUCAUUCAUCGCAGGCAGAUCGGCCUGUCGAACCCUUUCCGCGGCCUGCUGAAGCUGGGUCAGCUGGAGCGGCGUGGCGCCCUGGGCCUGGGCCUGUGGCGCGCCUGGCACUGCGAGCUGUCCCCGUUCGAGCUCCGCCUCUACGCCGACGGCGAGGAGCGCUCCAGCUGUGAGAACCGCUCCCUGCUGCGCUGCGAGAACGUGUGCCUGGACGCGGACGCCCGGUUCUACCUGGAGUUCCAGGGUAAGAAGCUCCACCUGCGGGCGGCGAGCCGGGCAGAGGCGGAGGACUGGGUGGAGAGCGUCGGCGAGGCCGUGAGCAAGGUCCGACGCCAGCACCAGGAGGAAUGGGGCGACCUCACGCCCUUCACCCCGCCCGUCGUGAUACCGUCCGAGCCCGUCGACGUGGCCGAGACCGACUGGAGCCGGCCGUGUGAGGCGGAGCCGGACGCCAUCAAGGAGGCGCUGGUGUUCCUCAGCCGGGAGGAGCGGGGGUGGAGUCGGGCGGUGCUGUCGCUCUCGCUCGAGGCUCUGCGGGGCUUUUCCGUGCAGGACGGGCGCAAAUCGUGUCUGUUCUCGUACAGCAUCGAGGCCGUGAGGGACGUGGUGCCCGACGUGGCGCUGGGCGGGCCGUCUUUCUUUAAGGUGAUUACAGCCAAGGGGGCGCUGACGGUUCGAGCUGAGAGCGGCGAGGAGGCUCGGUGCUGGAGGAGCCUGAUCAGGGGGGCGCUGGAUUUGUACCUGGACGAGGAGAGCGGGACGGGCGAGGUGACCUGCCCGGGCGGAGGCAACGUGCUCAGACUCGUCCAUCACAGGCUGAAGGGGGACGGAGCGCUGCUGCCACAUCUAACGGUCGUCCCUACGGAAAGGGGGCUGGACGCUCAGAACUUCAAGUGUGCAGGCUGUCCCAGACAGAUCGGCGUGUCUCUGGGUCGCGCCAGGCUGUGCGAGUUUUCGGCUCAGUACUACUGCGAUACCUGUCACCAUGGCGACACCGUGGUCAUCCCGUCUCGCAUGGUGCACAACUGGGACCUGGCUGCACGUGAGGUCUCCAGGCCGGCCCUGAAGCUCCUGACCGAUGUUAAACAGGAACCGCUGCUGAACCUCGAACUCUUAAACCCUGACCUGUUCCAUCAUACCGAAACCAUGGCGACGGUGCAGCGCUUCAGGCAGCAACUGCGCCUGCUGGGAGAUUACGUCCGGAUCUGUCGCAGCGGGAUACGCAAAACAAUCGAGGACAGGCUGGAGCAGAGGACGUACCUGCUGGAGUCCGGUCACCUGUACAGCGUCCUGGAUUUGAUGCAGAUAGCGGACGGUCAGUACGUGUCCGUCCUUCAGUCCCUCAUUCAGUUCUCGUCCAAUCACGUGCAUCAGUGUGACCUCUGCACCCAGCGAGGCUUCAUCUGCCAGAUCUGCAACACCGACGAGAUCGUCUUUCCUUUCCAGUUCGACGCCACCACGAGGUGUUUGGUGUGUAAGACGGUUUUCCACUCGUCCUGUAAAGCCCGGACUGUUUCCUGUCCUCGCUGUGAGCGUCUGCAGAGAUAUAAGGAGAGAAAUCUGCUCCACUGAACACGAACUGUUUACACCUCGGGCUCCUGAAGCUGAACUGACCCGCGGUGUAGCGUAGCAUCGUCCUCGCGGCCUCCUGUAGCCGGGACGUAAACGCACAGUUCAGACACGUCAUGAAGUCUGAUGGUAAUUUAUUAACAUGUAGCCCUAAGUGCACUUAUUUAUACACGCGUACAUGUACCGACUGUACGUAUCGCCAAGCAGUCACCCGGAGGAGGGUUCGAGCUCCGGAACCUUUUAACUUGCACUAACUAACAGUGGACCGACGAUCCGUCUCGAGAUCGUCUUUUAGUCCGAGUUCAUUUCAGAUGGAUUCAUGUUUUUACUUUUGAUUUUAACAUCGAGUAUUUUACCAAAAAGCACUUUUAUAUCAUCAGCAUAACGAUGGAGCUCACAGUUUGCUUUAUCAGUCUUGUGCCAAGGAUCGUAUCCCAUCACUAACUGGACUGUACAGAUGUGUUUACACUAUUAGUGUCUGUAUGAGAAACGUGAUUUUAUAACCAAACCGCGAUUUUAAUGACGAAUAAAUAAUAUUUUAUUA